AUGCUCUCGGAGUGUGGAUCAGCCAGUGACCUUGCCGGCCAAAUUGAGGAGGUUACUGCUCAAGUACAGGCCGGGCUUAUAGACGUCAACUCACGGAAGCGGCUACUAGCUGCUUCACAAAGGCUCACUGUAGCUCUAGAAUCUCCACUCAUGACCUGCAGACGGGUUGCUUUCCUGUAUCUAGCCUCCAUGAAUUAUAUCGAAGAAACCGGUAUCGGUCAAUGGAAGAGUACAACUGCGUGCGAAUCCCUUGCAAAUGCAGGAUUCGCAGCAGGGGUGAAGUUCAACUAUGACGUGACUGCGCCAGUAUUUUUGAAAUUACCAGCAUGGUUGACCGCAAAUAAUGGAGCCGGUUCUGAGAAGCGGCUCGAAACUCCUUUCCAAUUCUCAGUCGGCGACCCCGAUGCAUCUUUCUUCCCCUGGCUGUCGAAAAAUGAAGCUUCCCUGGCAAACUUCCAUAUUUGGAUGAAUACCCGGCAUGCUGGAGAGACCCACUGGCUGGAUGUGUACCCCCUUGACAAGUACAUCAGGUUGGACGAGGCUGACAACUUAGUUGAAACCCUGCUGGUAGAUGUUGGUGGAGGGAAUGGCCAUGAAGCUAGGCUGGUAAAAGAAAGGUAUCCCCAUUUACCAGGCCGCAUUAUCUUCCAAGAUCUCUCAGAGAUCAUCCAAAAAUGUUCUUCCAUGCAUGGAGUUGACGGGAUGAUACAUGACUUUUUUUCCCCACAACCAGUACGCGGGGCAAGAAUAUACCGCCUCCACCAUAUUCUCCAUGAUUGGCCAGAUGAACCAUGCCGCCAAAUCCUUGGGCACCUAAGAAAUGCCAUGGUUGGACAUUCCAUCCUCCUAAUCGGAGACAUAGUUCUGCCUGAUACCAAUGCACACAGCAACUCAAUGCAAAGUGACUUAACCAUGAUGGCGCUAUUUCUGGCCAGGGAAAGGUCCAAAUCACAAUGGGUUAGCUUGCUCAAAGGAGCGGGGUUGUGUGUUAUUGACAUACACACCGUCCAAGAGGCAUCGGGAGAGAGUAUCAUUACCGCUGUGGUUGAUACUACAAUUUUCAAGGAAAUGGAAGUUGGAGCCGUGAAAUGUGAUUCAGCAUGA